GCACUUCACCCUGUAACGACACAACAACACCAACAAUAACAUAAGCAUAGAAAAUGUGCAGCAUGCACGUUUUUUUAAUUGGUUAGAAUGAUAAGCAUAGCCAUAACAUAACCAACCACUCGUGCAUUGGGACACCUGUCAAGUCGCUAGCAAGGGAUACAGUAUCAAAAUUAGCAGUUUCAAGUCAACGAGUGUGACACAAGUGUGCGAGCAAAUAAUCGCGGAAGAACAUUAACCACAGUGAGCUGCUGCCCCGUCCAACAUUCAGCUGUUAUGCAAGCAGGGGGCAGACAAGCAGACAAUUGAAUUAGCCGGCAUGCUGCUCAAUCGAUUUGUCUUGGCAAUCAAAACCCAAUCCCGGGAAACUCUUCGCGCCUGGAGCUAUCAGUGCGAGUCGAUCUUCGCCCAACGCUCGCGGCGCAUCCAGCAACUGCUGACAUUCUAUCAGUCGGUCUACGGCACACAGGGUCUCAAGCAGCUAUGGCGCGCCUACUAUCGCCGGGAGCUCCAGCCACCCAUACGUGGAUUAAUGCUGAGCGCCGUGGGACUCAUGGGACUGAACAUAAAGCGGAUGGGCAGCGACGGCUUUGACUGGAACAAGGAGCGUCUGUCGCUCUCCAACUUUGACAUGUGCCGACGGGACAUUGAGUUCAUCAACACACUGCCCAAUAACAAGCUGUGCGAGAGCUGCAAGGCCAAGAAAAUGAAAUACUGCUACUGUCAGCUGGGGAAUCAAAGGUGUCGCAAGAGCGGUGCAUCCAUCCCGUCGACGAGCAAGCAGGGGCCGAGCCCAGGCUCCGGUCCGGACAAUGGCUCCAUACGCAACUGUCGCACACCCAUUGGGUUGGAUACUCGAGACGCGCCAGCUGGAGUGGUUCGGAUUCAGGCCCAGGACGAUCAGAAAUGGGAGCCGUACUUUAGUAAAAACGAGUUUAGCAUCUGGAGGCGGGAGGAACGCUCAUCUUUGUACUCAUAUAAGGUUUAUGCUCGAUUUGAUGACAUCACAGCCGACGAUUUCCUCCAUGUGCAAACAGAUCUUGACUAUCGCCGACAGUGGGAUGACACGGCCCUGAGACUGGAGCUGAUAAGCGAGGACCCUGUUCCGGGUAGCAACUCGCAUUUGAUCUACUGGGAAAUGCAGUGGCCCCGGUUGUUUGCGAACCGCGACUACGUCUACUGUCGACGCUACAUCAAGGAUGAGGCACGAAAAAUGAUAUUCAUUUGCAAUCGGGGGGCCAAGCACGGCACAUAUCCAGCACUGUCCGGCAAGGUGAGGGUGACCGACUACUGGAGCUUGAUGGUCAUCAAGCCGUUCCGCGGAUUCCACGAGCCUGGCCUGCAUUUCAUACUCACUUAUUACGACGAUCCUGGCAUACCCAUACCGCAGAACAUCAAGUCGUGGGUGACGCAGAAGCAAAUGCCCGAAUUUCUAACCAAAAUGUAUGUGGCCACAAAGAACUAUGCCUGCACGCGUGCCCUCAAAAUGAAAGACAUGUUCAAUAGCUUUAAUCUCAUCAACGAGGACUACACGGCCAAUGCCCAGCGUGGCAGCUGGCUGGGCAGCCUAAGCCGGAACAGUGUCAGCCACAGUCACGACGAUGAGACAAAGAAGCGUUAAGUUAAGUUCGAUCUCUUUGGUUUCCCCAUCCACAAGGCUCCUAACCCCAAACAAAACAGACCCUCUGAUCCGUUCUCCUAUUUCUUGCGACCAUUUCAACCCAUUUUUGGCAAAAAUAAACCUAAACCUA